CAAAACUAAGUGGAGCAGAAAAUGUACUACUGAGCUCACCAGAUGUUGGAAGUUCUUUGACAUAGAAAUGCAUAGAAGUUGGCAUAACUUCUAGAUAGAUGCAAAGUGAUUGUGGUCUGAUGUCUACAACUACAUCAAGUAGUUAAUCCUUUGUUUUUGGAAGUCUGAUACCAAUUGUAAUUUGGUUUGUUUACAUGUGGUUGCUGAGUCAGUUGUGGAAAGAGGGUGAGUGGAGAGAUAGCUCAGUGAGGAGGAGAGAAUAAAGCAGUGUAUUGUGCAUUUACCCAAGGGGAGGUCUGGUCCUUUCCUCUCCAGCUGCCCAUUGCUUUGUCUGAUGGUUUCAUGUUCCACGACAGGAGCUUAGUGCAAGGGUAUAGAUUGAGCUAAGACUUCUACAAUUACUUUCCAAACUAUAAAGGUCUGAGGAGGACUACACUGCCCUGAGGAAGACGAAAGGUGUCCUCAGCAGCUGAUGAGGCCUCUCCCUCUUCUACUUCCUCCUUUGAGAUGCUUGAAAGUGAGACUGUCCCACCCCCGUACCAGCCAGUACAGCCUCACUGGUUCUUCUGUCGACGGGCUGAUGACAACACCUCUUGGUAUCCUUACAGUAGAGAAGACUCUGAGAAACUAGAGAAUGCAUAUGCCAAUGUAGGAGAGAAGGAGGAAGUAACGGUAGCUGUGGAUGGAGAGCGGUAUGACGUGCAUGUCAGGGAGAGGAUGCGCUAUGCUGUGUACUGGGAGCAGGCUCCCUCUGAGGUGCGGCGCUGUACCUGGUUCUACAAAGGGGACAAAGACAUCAGGUUCAUGCCCUACCCUGAGGACUUCAGCAACAGUCUGGAGGAUUCCUUUAUGAUAGCAAUGACCUUGGACGAGUGGAAGAAAAAGCUUGAGUUUCCCUCAGGAGAGACAGUCAUCCUACACAACCCCAAGCUGAUUAUGCAGUACCAGCCCAUGGGGCUGCAGGAGGAGUGGGUCUCCUCGCCUUCUGAGCAGACACGACCUCGAACAGUCAAGAGGGGAGUGGAUAACAUCUCUGUAGAAAUACCAGAGGGUGAGCCAGAAAAAGUGGACCACCUUGUCUUUAUGGUCCAUGGCAUUGGCCCUGCAUGUGACCUUCGUUUCAGGUCCAUCAUACAGUGUGUAAAUGAUUUCAGGAGUGCCUCCCUGUCCCUUCUGGGCUCUCACUAUAAGCGUGGCCAGCAGGAGGGCAUGGUGAGCAGAGUGGAGUUCCUACCAGUCAACUGGCACAGUGCUUUACAUGGAGAUGCGACUGGCGUGGACGAGGAUAUCCAGAGGAUCACCCUUCCAAGUAUCAGCAGACUGAGACACUUUACCAAUGACACACUGCUGGACCUGUUUUUCUAUAAUAGCCCCACCUACUGCCAGACCAUAGUGGACACAGUGGCAUCAGAGGUUAACAGGCUGCAUGAACUUUUCAGACAGAGACACCCCGAGUUCACUGGGGCUGUUUCUGUUGUGGGCCACAGCUUGGGUUCACUGAUCCUGUUUGACCUGCUGACCAAUCAGAAAACUGUAUCUGGAGAGGCCGACAGGGAGGAGGCAUGUUGUGAUGAGCCCUGUCCCCUCACCUGUGAUCCACUGGAGAAGACUCUGGUCAGGCUGAGUCUUCAAGAAUAUCUGGGUACUCUUCAGGGAGAAAAGCUAGACCUGGCAUCUCUGUCUCUAUGCCAGGAUAGUGAUCUGAAAGAUCUUGGGAUUCCUCUUGGUCCACGGAAGAAGAUCCUGAAUUAUGCUAGGAGAAAACGUGCUCAAGAGAAUUGUAAAACGGGGACAGUGCUUCUGGCCCCAGGGCUACAAGCUCCACCUCAACACUGCUCGCCCAAUGAUCAUCAGGGUAACAGCUCAUCAGGACUGACAUCACAGCAGUCCCAGCUCCAUAGAGCCCAGUCCAUCACCAGUGCUGUGGACUAUGAAUACUUUGACGUGGGCAUCGGACAGGUGUCCAUUAACUACCCUCAGCUGGUGUUCCACCCUCAGACAUUCUUUGCUUUCGGUUCUCCAAUUGGCAUGUUCCUGACGGUUCGCGGUCUCAAACGCAUUGAUCCCAACUACACCUUCCCCACCUGCAAGAGCUUCUACAACAUCUACCACCCUUAUGAUCCAGUUGCCUACCGGAUAGAGCCUAUGAUUGUUUCAGAAGUGGAUCUAGAGCCCAUGCUGAUCCCUCAUCACAAGGGUCGCAAAAGGAUGCACCUAGAACUGAAGGAAAGUUUAACCCGUAUGAGCAUGGAUCUGAAGAAUAAUGUCUGGGGAUCAUUACGGACCGCAUGGCAGUCCUUUGCCAGACUACCUGUUGCUGCACUGCCCCCGCUGGAUGAGGGACAAACUACAAUAGAAAGCAACCUACAAGAGACACAGGGAGCAUGCGAGGAGGCGGAGUCCCUAGUAUCACCUGAGGAAACAGAGGAGCGUGAGAUUCAAGUGGGCAUGUUGAAUGGAGGACGAAGGAUAGACUACGUACUGCAGGAGAAACCCAUUGAGAGCUUCAAUGAAUACCUUUUUGCCAUCCAGUCUCAUCUUUGUUAUUGGGAGUCUGAGGAUACAGCUCUGCUGUUGCUGAAGGAAAUCUAUGACAAGCUGGGUGUGGCCUUUGAACAGCCACAGCAAUAACAGUUUGCAUCAACUUAGACUUAUUUACUAAUGUAAUUUAAAUUUGAUAUAAAAAAAAACAAAAAAUGAAGGAUAGCUGCUGUAGCCAGAUGCUGCACAACCCUUUUUACCCUCUUUCCGAGUGUGUUUUCUUUUCCCGAGUGUCACUGAAUUGCUCUGCCCUCCUCUCAGACAGUGUCUGUUUGGCAGUUAAUCUGGGUCCAGAUAUGGCAGUCAACCAAAUGUUUGAUCGUUCAACCGAGUGGAUUCUUUUUGUUUUACCUAAAACUCUGCUGAUAGACUGUGGGGGUAGACCACCUUCUCCGUGGAUGUGGAAAGUAACUUAACUUUCUCCUAAUUUCCCGUCAAGGCUGUACUUGGUUUUUGACAAUUGUUUUUAAUGAAACCACUUACUGCUAUCAUGCUUCUUAUUAACACAAUUCUGUCUUUUUUUCCCCUCUUCACGUUCACUACUGCCAGUUGUCAAGUACCAUGUGUGCCACUGGCUUACUAUGCAAAGCUGUAAUCACAAUCAUGUGGGUGCAACAGAACAUCCCUGUUUUUGGUCUUCAAGGUUAAAUGAUUUCUCUUGACCUGAGAGUUACCUCACUUUGCCACAUAAGUUACCUGGGUUUUCAAAUUACACUGUUAGAGUGGCACUUAAAGUGAUAUUGUGUGAUUUUUUUUUUAUUAUUGUUUUUAUUGAUGUAUUAAGAUCUGGAGUAGGUACAUAACAAAUUGAGACCUCUGGUGCUUCAAUACAUUACUUAAGUCCACUGCUAUUCCUCAAGUGGUCUGGUGUGACAAGUGUGAGCAGUAUUGUCGCAAUACCAGCAAACAAGGUGUGAUCCUUUAUUCGGGCACAGGAAAUGAUGCUUGCUACGAGGCAUGAUAAAAAGGAACUUAAUAAUAAUCAUUACAUUUAUAUAGUGCUUUUCUAGACACCCAAAGUGCUUCACACUGAAGGGGGUAAUUCACUUCAACCACCACUAUUGUGUAGCACCCACCUGGGUGAUGCACGGCAGCCAUUUUGCACCAGAACACUCGCCACACAACAGCUUGAGGUGGACAGGGAGGAAUCAUUGAGCCAAUUACGUGGGAGGAUGAUUAGAUAGCCAGAUGGAGACAGCCAAGUUGGGAAUUUUGCCAGGACACCGGGGAACCCCUUACUCUUUGUGAUAAGUGCCAUGGGAUGUUUAAUGACCACAGUGAAUCAGACCUCAGAUUAACGUCUCAUCCGAAGGACGGCAUCUCGUACAGCGCAGUGUCCCCGUCACAGGCAUUGGGAUUUGAAAUUUGUAUUAGGAGCAGGGGGAAGACUGCCCCCUACUGGCCUACCAACACCACUUCCAGCAGCAUCUCAGUUUUCCUGGGAGGUCUCCCAUCCAAGUACUAGGCAAGCCCAUACCUGCUUAGCUUCUAAAACUUGGCAGAGCCAGGGUACAUGUUGGUAUGGUUGCCGGCAAACAUGGGAUUUUUGAGGGUUUUUUUUUUCCUUCGGCACUAGCUUAUUGGUGGUAGAGGUUGCAGCAAAAUAUGUGUAGUCCUUUGCUGAAGAAAAAAACAUCUAAAAUCCUGUGUUCAUCCCCCCCCCCUUUCUCCCUAAUUGUACCUGUCCAAUUGUCCCACUCUUCCGAGCCGUCCCAGUUGCUGCUGCACCCCCUCUGCCGAUCUGCAGACUACCACAUGCUUCCUCCGACACAUGUGGAGUCGCCAGCCACUUCUUUUCAUCUGACAAUGAGGAGUUUCACCAGGGGGAUGUAGCAUGUGGAAGGAUCACGCUAUUACCCCCAGUUCCCCCUCCCCCCUGAACAGGCGCCCUGACCGACCAGAGGAGGCGCUAGUGCAGCUACCAGGACACAUACCCACAUCCGGCUUCCCACCUGUAGACAUGGCCAAUUGUGUCUGUAGGGAUGUUCGAGCAAGACGGACGUAACACAGGGAUUCGAACCGGCGAUCCCCGUGUUGCUAGGCAACGGAAUAGACUGCUACACUACCCGGAUGCUCAAAUCCCUCAUUCAUUUUUAUCACGCCAUGUAGCGAGUGUCGUUUCCUGUGCGUGGGAAAACUAUCCUGUCUAAAUUUAAUGGAAAAUUACACAAUGUCACGUUAAGAAAAAUGGCUAUACACUGUAUGCCAGUAAAUAGACCACCUGACAUUUAAGAGCUACUGGUCUUAUCUAGUGCAAUUUGACAAUGAUUUAAUGUUACUCCAUAGAUUUCACAGAUCUGACCCCAUCCUGACUGAAACACAAAGUGAAGUUCACUUUGGCCUCUAAUUGUAUUAAUUUGUGUGGAAGGCAUUAUCUGCAUUUAGACUUGUUUUUAUCAUAUCUGGAUGAUGUGAAUCUUUUUACAAACUGCAUCAGAAAUGAAGAAAUGGCAAAAAUGCUUGUGCACUAUUACUAAUCUUUCUGCACCUUUUUAUUUGGACAGUAGCACACUUUGCAUGUUGCACAGGAAGUCCAGUUACAUGCUCACUCCCUAAGGUAUAUACAUAUGCCAACCAUUUGCCCUUUCUUUGCUACUCUCGAGCUCAAUUUCCACCUUUGAUGUUACCCCAGAGGAUCCAAACAGCAAUACAUUCCCUGCCCUGAUGAAUGGUCAGUUAAUGGGAACAGGUGUACAAGUGUCCAAAACGCACAAAUUUUGAACUUUGUAUCAUGUUAUAACCCAAUGGUAACUUUUCCUACUUUCUACUGCUGCCUAUUUGGGUGGGAGUACAUUUCUUGCUGCAGAUAUUUCAUGCACUUUUUCCUCCUUUCUUUUACUGUGGGUGAAUUCUGCUGAUUUAUGUGACUAAUUUUCCACCAUCGUACCCUGCAGUGUCCAUUCCUGACUCUGCAUCCUAACCUGCUCCGUAGCGAUCCUUUGUAACCUGGAUUACUACUCCUUUCCCCUUGAUCUGUAGCCACAAUGGGAGUUCUCACUGUCUCCCACAGUUCAGUGGGAGACAGUGAGAAGACUUCCUCAGUGUCCAUGUUUCUCAAUGAAUCAAAUGGACAGAAGUAUAUCUCCCCUAUAGCUUAUUUGUAUAACAGGUCUCACCCAUUUUAUUUGUAAGCUGUUGUUGCACUGCAUACUGAACCAAAAAUAAACUAUGUUCGUUUUUAGUAACUAUACCUGUUGGUUUGGUGACUUGGUUUAUGUGCUGCAAUAAAAUAUUAUAAAA